GCCGGAAGAGCAGCGGCGAGGCGGUGGCGGUGGCUGAGUCGGUGGUGGCAGAGGUGAAAGCGACAGCUCCAGAGGGUGGCAGCGGCCGCGAGAGCAGGAUGCGAGUCCGGGUUGGGCUGCUGCUGCUGCUCUGUGCGGUGCUGCUGGGCUCGGCCUCGGCGUCCUCGGAUGAAGAGGGCAGUCAGGAUGAAUCCUUAGAUUCCAAGACCCCUUUGCCAUCAGAUGAGUCGGUAAAGGACCACAGCACAGCAGGCAGAGUAGUCGCCGGUCAGAUAUUUCUUGAUUCAGAAGAAUCAGAAUUAGAAUCACCUAUUCAAGAAGAGGAAGACAGCCUCAGGAGCCAAGAAGGGGAAAGGGUCACAGAAGAAACCACCUUUCUAGAAUCUCCGAAUCCAGAAAACAAGGACUACGAAGAAUCAACAAAUGUACGGAAACAAGCUCUGACUGCCAUCGAAGGCACAGCACAUGGGGAGCCCUGCCACUUCCCUUUCCUGUUCCUGGAUAAGGAAUACGAUGAGUGUACAUCAGAUGGGAGGGAGGAUGGCAGAUUAUGGUGCGCUACAACCUAUGACUACAAGGCAGAUGAAAAGUGGGGCUUUUGUGAAACUGAAGAAGAGGCUGCUAAAAGACGGCAAAUGCAGGAAGCAGAAAUGAUGUACCAGACUGGGAUGAAAAUCCUCAAUGGAAGCAAUAAGAAAAGCCAAAAACGAGAAGCAUAUCGGUAUCUUCAAAAGGCAGCAGGCAUGAACCAUACCAAGGCCCUGGAGAGAGUGUCAUAUGCUCUUUUGUUUGGCGAUUACCUGACCCAGAAUAUCCAGGCAGCUAAAGAGAUGUUUGAGAAACUGACCGAGGAAGGCUCUCCUAAGGGACAGACUGCUCUUGGCUUUCUCUAUGCCUCUGGACUUGGUGUCAAUUCAAGUCAGGCAAAGGCCCUAGUGUAUUACACUUUUGGAGCACUCGGGGGUAACCUGAUAGCACACAUGGUUUUGGGUUACCGGUACUGGGCCGGCAUCGGAGUCCUCCAGAGCUGUGAAUCGGCCCUGACUCACUAUCGUCUUGUUGCCAAUCAUGUUGCUAGUGACAUCUCCCUGACAGGAGGCUCAGUAGUACAGAGAAUACGGCUGCCUGACGAGGUGGAAAAUCCAGGAAUGAACAGUGGAAUGCUGGAAGAAGAUCUGAUUCAGUAUUACCAGUUCCUAGCUGAAAAAGGUGAUGUACAAGCACAGGUUGGUCUGGGACAACUGCAUCUGCACGGAGGCCGUGGAGUAGAACAAAAUCAUCAGAGAGCAUUUGACUACUUCAAUUUAGCAGCCAAUGCUGGCAAUUCACACGCUAUGGCCUUCUUGGGAAAGAUGUAUUCAGAGGGAAGUGAUAUUGUCCCACAGAGUAAUGAGACAGCUCUUCACUACUUUAAGAAAGCUGCUGACAUGGGCAACCCCGUGGGGCAGAGUGGACUCGGAAUGGCCUACCUCUACGGGCGAGGCGUUCAAGUUAAUUAUGAUCUGGCACUAAAGUAUUUCCAGAAGGCUGCUGAACAAGGCUGGGUGGACGGGCAGCUGCAGCUUGGCUCUAUGUACUACAAUGGCAUUGGCGUCAAGAGGGAUUAUAAGCAGGCCUUGAAGUAUUUUAAUUUAGCUUCUCAGGGAGGCCACAUCUUGGCUUUCUACAACCUCGCGCAGAUGCAUGCCAGCGGCACAGGCGUGAUGCGGUCGUGCCACACUGCGGUGGAGUUAUUUAAGAAUGUGUGUGAACGAGGUCGUUGGUCCGAGAGGCUAAUGACUGCCUAUAACAGCUACAAAGACGGCGACUACAACGCCGCAGUGAUCCAGUACCUCCUGCUGGCCGAACAGGGCUAUGAAGUGGCGCAGAGCAAUGCAGCCUUCAUUCUCGAUCAGAGAGAAGCGACCAUUGUAGGCGAGAAUGAAACUUACCCCAGAGCUUUGCUGCACUGGAACAGGGCUGCCUCCCAAGGCUAUACAGUGGCUAGAAUUAAGCUCGGAGACUACCACUUCUAUGGGUUUGGCACCGACGUGGACUACGAGACCGCGUUCAUUCAUUACCGCCUGGCCUCCGAGCAGCAGCACAGCGCACAGGCUAUGUUUAACCUGGGGUACAUGCACGAGAAAGGACUGGGCAUCAAACAGGAUAUUCACCUUGCAAAACGCUUUUAUGACAUGGCGGCCGAAGCCAGCCCAGACGCGCAGGUACCGGUCUUCCUAGCACUGUGCAAGCUGGCUGUGGUGUAUUUCUUGCAGUACAUCCGGGAGACAAAUAUUCGAGAUCUGUUCACCCAGCUUGACAUGGACCAGCUUUUGGGACCUGAGUGGGACCUUUACCUCAUGACCAUCAUCGCGUUGCUGCUGGGAACAGUCAUAGCUUACAGGCAGAGGCAGCACCAGGACAUGCCUCUGCCCCGGCCCCCAGGGCCACGGCCGGGGCCACCACAGCAGGAGGGGCCGCCUGAGCAGCAGCCACCACAGUAACAGCCACCGUGUCCAGCCUUGACCAGUAACAACCUAGGAAAUCGUUUGCUGCGAACACUUGCAUUGGAUUUAGGACUUGGGCUCGGUGGUCACCUCCUAGAAGAGGCACAAGGAAACCUUGAAUUCCUAAAGCUGCUUAGAAUCUGAUGCCUUUAUUUUCAGGGAUAAGUAACUCUUACCUAAACUGAGUUGAAGGUUUGUUUCAGUGCCGUAUGGAAUAACAGCUCUCAGUGGCUUUCCCCCUCUCCACCCCCCCCCCCCCCCCCCUUUUUUUUUUU